AUGUCAUCUGUCGAUCAACUUCAAUUACUCAUUCCUACGCUAAAUCAAACACCGCCCCUUCCCAUUCACACUCUUCCAAUCUACAGUAUUGGCUCCGGUGCAAUUGUGAACAAUGCACACCUUCCAGCAUAUCAACUUGCAAAAUUUAAUGUCAUUGGUAUUUACGAUAAAAAUUUAGAAGCAGCGCAGAAAACAGCUGAGAAAUUUGGAAUUUCAAAUGUAUUUAAAACACUCGACGACCUCAUUUCAGCAUCUAUCACCUCUUCGUCAUCCAAAGUCAUCUACGAUAUUGCAACACCAGCAACAGAAAUUUCACUUAUUCUACAACACUUACCACAAAAUUCCUAUGCAUUAAUACAGAAACCAAUGGGUGAAACUCUGGAGCAAGCACGUGAAAUACGUCGUCUAUGUAAAGAGAAAAAUAUACAAGCUGCAAUUAAUUUUCAGUUACGUUAUGCACCACAAAUGUUAGCUGUAACAGAUUUAUUGAAGAAAAAUGUAUUGGGAAAGAAAUUGACAACAGUUGAAAUACAUGUAAAUACCUACACACCAUUUGAAAACUGGCCGUUUUUGGAAAAGGUAGGUUAA